CAGGAGGGUGUAAGGAGAGAGGGGGAAAAAAAGUUUAUGCGCUCGGAUGGAAGUUAACAACCCCCCUUUCUAACAGAGCACAGUAGUUCCAAGGGUGAUGUGGCUGUGACAACAUUGGCAACAUUGGCUAUUAACAACAGGCCUGUCUGCAAAAGCAAUCCCGUCCAUGAUGACUCUAUUAACAGAAGAACAACUGGCAAAACUACCCCAAACCAGCGUUCCUAUCACGACAAUGGAGCACCAAAAGCUGGAGAGCCGAAAUAAAGACGACCCGAACUUAAUCGAAGCUCCCACGGACGUUUUAGGGGUUGUGCAGCACCCCAAAAGAUCUAAAGGUAGACUGCUGAUGCAUGGCACGGUAAUGUUUGGAAGGGAAUUUUCUUAUGCGGUGGAAGCUGCGUUCGUGACGCCGGUGUUGCUCAGCGUAGGACUCCCAAGAAGUCUGUACAGUAUGGUAUGGCUCAUCAGCCCAAUUUUGGGGUUUAUCCUGCAGCCUGUGAUCGGAUCCGCAAGUGAUCACUGCAGGUCGAGAUGGGGCAGGAGAAGACCCUAUAUUCUGAUCCUUGGGAUCAUGAUGCUGGUUGGGCUCACAAUGUUUCUCAAUGGAGACGCGGUGAUUUCAGCUAUUGUGACAGAUCAUGGUUUGAAACAGACCUGGGCCAUAGUGGUGGUGAUGUUUGGAGUGGUUCUGUUCGACUUUGCUGCAGAUUUCAUUGAUGGUCCCAUCAAGGCAUAUCUCUUUGAUGUUUGCUCUCAUCAGGAAAAAGAGAGAGGGCUCCAUUAUCACGCCCUUCUGACAGGUUUAGGUGGUGCCUGUGGCUACUUUGUUGGUGCCAUAGACUGGAGACACUCUGCUCUUGGAGUCCUCCUGGGAUCCGAAUACCAGGUCAUCUACUUUUUCUCUGCAAUCAUCCUGUGGGUAUUCCUCACCAUCCACCUCUUCAGCAUCCCUGAAAUCCCUCUGGGGAAAGACAGCCCCCUGAACCCAGACUCUGACACCACGGGGCUUCUGAGCAACCACAGCAACGGCUAUGGGGCAGUGGUCAGAGAGGCCAACCACGAGCCCGGCCUCCGAGCCCCGUCUUUCGCGGCCCUUGGAGAGGCUAAUGCAGUCACGCCAAGUGCGAAACAGCCAAACAAAGAGGUUCAGAAGCGGAUGACUCUAAAGUCUUUGGUGAGGGCUAUGAUGAGUAUGCCUACUCACUACCGCUGCCUGUGCAUCAGCCAUCUCAUUGGCUGGACUGCCUUCCUGUGCAACAUGCUCUUCUUCACCGACUUCAUGGGGCAGAUCGUGUACAAGGGGGACCCCUAUGCUGAGCACAACUCUACAGCUUAUGCCGCAUACGAGAGAGGGGUAGAGAUCGGUUGCUGGGGCCUGUGUAUCAAUGCCGUCUCUUCUGCCUUGUUUUCAUAUGUUCAGCAGUUCCUCUUGCCCUACAUAGGACUGAAAGGACUGUACUUUACUGGAUAUUUCAUCUUUGGCCUUGGUACCAGCUUGAUUGGACUGUUCCCUAAUGUGCAGUCCACUCUCAUCUUGUGCUCAGUCUUUGGGGCGAUGUCCAGCACACUCUACACUAUACCCUUUAAUCUCAUUUCAAAGUAUCAUCGAGAGGAAGAGGUCCAGAGGAAAGCGGAAGGAGCUGCGGAGGCAGACUAUCGGGGCACAGGAGUGGACUGUGCUGCACUCACUUGCAUGGUCCAGCUGGCACAGAUCAUUGUGGGGGCUGGGCUGGGCGCUCUGGUCUAUCUAGCUGGCAGUGUUGUCGUUGUUGUUUUAUCGGCCUCCGCUGUUUCCCUAAUUGGCUGUUUCUUUGUUGCUAUCUUUGUGAGAUAUGUGGAAUAGUGACUAAAAUAAAUCAAUAAUAAAAGCUAGUCUUUAGGAAUCACCUUCUCAAUUGCUU